AUGGACCAGCGUCGCUUGAAGCAGCGUGAGAAGAAGAUGCGCGAACAGAUCAAGGAGCUGCGAGCGCAGAAGCCCACGAUCCAGCAGCAGUUCGCAGAUUUGAAGCGUGAGCUGGCUACAGUCAGCAACGAGGAGUGGGAAGGCAUCCCUGAAGCUCAGGAGCACUUGAAGGUGAAGCAACGGAAGUCGUCCAACUUCACGCCGACCCCAGAUGCCCUGCUGGCGGGCAUGGCCAGUGGUCGCGGUGUCAGUGGCUCUGCCACACCCAUGGGUGGUUCAGCCACGCCCAUGGGAGGCUUUGGAACCCCAAUGGGCAUGCGCACGCCAAUGGGUGGCAUGCGAUCACCCAUGGGACUGCGCACUCCAAUGGGCCUGAGAACGCCCAUGGGCAUGCGCUCGCCGAUGGGCCUCUCAACGCCCAUGGGAAUGCACACGCCCAUGGGCAUGCACACGCCCAUGGGCAUGGGCACGCCGAUGAGUGGCAUGGGGACGCCCAUGGGUGCUCACACACCUAUGGCCCGAACUCCCAUGGGCAUGCAUACCCCGAUGGGCAUGCACACGCCCAUGGGCAUGCACACGCCCAUGGGGGCACGAACGCCUCACGGUGGCAUGCGGACUCCAGGCAUGCGAACGCCUGGGUAUGGCACCCCACACACGCCCAUGACGCCGCACAGCGUGGGCGGCUCCCUUAACGAGCUCGGGGAAGCCCGUGGCACCGUUCUGGCUGUGAAGCUGGACAGGAUCAUGGAUAGCGUGACAGGCCAGACUGUCAUGGAUCCGAAAGGCUAUCUCACUGACUUGAACGCCUUGCAGGUCCAGUCCGAUGCGGACAUUAGCGACAUCAAGAAGGCACGGGACUUGGUUUUGAGCAAGUCAGCCUUCGCACGGGUGCGGAAGCUCACGCCGCAGCAGCUGACUGGGCGCCUGAAGUCAGCGCAGACGCCCAACCAUUUGCUCUUCAUGGUCGAGGACAAUGCGAAGGUUCUGAAUCAGUACCACGUGAGCGCUGCACUCACUUUUCUGGCGAAGGAGAACUACACGCAGGUUGCGCUGAGAGUGAGGACCCUGGCUUCCGCCUGCUCUUGCGGCGCACUGCGGAGCAGCUCACGACUUUCAGGUCCCAGGCGCUGGCGACUGUCCUGUGGUCCCUGGCGAGAGUGGAGUAUGAUCCCGGUGAACCGUUCCUCCAUUCUGUGA